CCGCCUCGACGCCAACACCGACGCGAUCGAGCGCGCGCGCAUCGUCUUCGUCGUUCGCGCGCUGACGGUUCGCGCGCGCGAUGGAGUCGUUUUAUGUGCUCACAUUCGGCGCCCUCGCGUCCGUGUGCGCGGCGCUCGAGGUGCGAAAGCGUCCGACGAGCGGGAAGGGGGCGAGUUUACCGGCGAAUUUCUUGGCGUUUAGGACCAAUUACUUGGUCGUGUACGCGUUGAUGAUGGCUGGGGAUUGGUUGCAAGGACCGUACGUGUACGCGCUGUACAAACACUACGGAUACGGCACCGGAGAUAUCGGGAAACUCUUCAUCGCUGGUUUCGGGUCGAGUAUGAUUUUCGGAACCAUCGUGGGUAGUUUAGCGGACAGAUAUGGACGUAAGCUCGCGGGUUUAACAUAUGUCGCCACGUACAUCGCGUCCUGCAUCACGAAGCACUGGAGUGAUUACGGCGUGCUCAUGCUCGGUCGCUUUUUUGGCGGCAUCGCGACGUCGCUGUUGUUCACCGCGUUCGAAUCUUGGCUCGUGUCCGAACACUUCUCUCGGAACUACGACCCGGAGUGGUUGAAUGGGACGUUUUCAAAAGCGAUCUUCAUCGGCAACGGUGUGGUGUCGAUCGUCGCGGGCUUGUUGGCGAACUAUUUGGUGACUGAUAUGAACUUUGGUCCCGUUGCGCCGUUUGACGCCGCGGCUACGUUUUUGGCAAUCGGUGGUGUUAUCAUCGCUUUGACGUGGACAGAAAAUAGAGGCGCCGUAAAUGCUAACGUUUCUCUCGAAGCCAGUUUCUCGGCGGCGAAGCAUGCCAUUUUCAACGACAAGAAGGUGCUGUAUCUUGGUGCGAUGCAGUCGCUCUUCGAGGCGGCGAUGUAUUCGUUCGUCUUUUUGUGGACCCCCGCCCUGAGCCCGAACGACGAAAUCAUUCCUCAUGGGAUGAUUUUCGCGACCAUGAUGGUCGCGUGCAUGAUCGGUUCAUCUUUCGCGGGUCAGCUCUUGGGAGACAAGGACUUACGACCGGAGAAGUAUAUGCAAUACGUCUUCUUGGCGUCCGCCGCAUCCUUGGCGUUGCCCAUCGUGCUCAAGAUUUUCCCGUUCCAAGCGAACUAUACUCCGGGGCAGUCGAUUACGCUCGAGGGGCAAAUCACGAUGCUCGGGUUUCUAGUCUUUGAAUGUUUGGUUGGAAUUUUCUGGCCAAGCAUGAUGAAGAUGCGCGCGACGUACGUUCCCGAGGAAAUCAGAAGCACGGUGAUGAACUGCUUCAGAAUCCCACUCAACCUCUUCGUCUGUAUUAUUUUGUACAACGUGGCUUUGUUCCCUCUGACGGCCAUGUUUGCUAUGUGCUCGUUGUUCUUGGUCUCUGCUGCGUACUUGCAGCGCAAGCUCGAAAUCAUCACGAGCCCUCCUCUGCGCGGCGCCGCGCCGACGCAAGUGUAGUAUUCGCUUCUUCGAAGACAUGACACCACGCGA